AUGACCUGCACCGCUCCCUCGGUUACAAUCGAGGCUUCCGCUAUAAGCGAUGGAUUAAGCUCCUCCUGUGAUGAUGAACGCACCGCACUCCUGAGACGCGGACGACGUCAUUCCUACGAUAUCAGCCGUACGAGGCAGUCAAGCAUAUGCAGUGCCGAUGCUGUUUUCAUGAGGGUGGAUAUCUUCCUCACCGAGCUCAGGAGAAGAUUGGAUGGACUAGAGAAAUACCGUCAGGACAGUGUUGUGCAAUUUGAUGCCUCGCUUGAGCGUGCUUACCAUGCAUUAAGAGAUGUUUGCGACUCAUGCUCACCUUAUCACUCAGGCGAGCAUCUUUGGGGGGCAGCACGCCAACGCGCUUCCAUUCUGGUCGAUACGCUCGAAAGCCGCUAUAACGAGGCUUUACAAACGAGAGAAUCUCUCGAACACAAAGCACAAGCAAGUCUGAAGUUGUUAGAAACAUAUCUGGCGGAACUCGAGGCACGCGCACAUACGCGUAAAAGACAACUGAUAGAUUCAGGUUGGAAGACUGUGGAUCAUUCAUUGGUUGCCACUCGGGAAAUUAUCGAAGAGGGCUACGACAAGGCUAUUCAGGCAAGACACCUCCUAGCGAAUUCAAUCGCUCACGCCUUAAAUCGAGCUGCCGAAACAAGGCUGAUUCACUAUAACGAUCUACCGAUACCUUGGAGAAUUAAUCCGCACAUCCAACGGGGCUAUCGUUUCAAUAAAACCAAAGUCGAGUGCGUCGCCUCCAUGUUUCGACCCUCUAACGAGACUGUCAAUAUCUGGUCUCAUGCAAUUGGCUUAGUUAUGGUUCUCACUAUCGCAUUUUAUUAUUAUCCUUCAUCGGCGACAUUCCCUCUAUCGUCGAAAUGGGACGUCUUGAUAGCAGCGUGCUUCUUUGCUGCUGCAUGCAAAUGCUUAAUAUGCUCAACCAUGUGGCAUACGAUGAAUAGUAUCGCUGACAAAUGUCUUCUUGAGCGAUUUGCAUGCGUCGAUUAUACCGGUAUCUCCUUUUUGGUUGCCGCGAGCAUUUUAAGCACCGAGUGGACCGCAUUUUAUUGUGAACCGGUGUCCCGAGCAAUAUACAUGACACUGACAGUUGUACUCGGCAUAGCUGGUGUUAUUUUACCAUGGCGAGAGAGCUUCAACCGAUCUGACAUGGCAUGGGCUCGCGUGGCUUUUUAUGUCAGCCUUGCAACCACCGGAUUUGCACCAGUUCUUCAAUUGAACCUUACCCGCGGCGCGGCUUGGACAUUUUACUUCUAUGCUCCAGUGACCAAGAGUGUCAUGGUUUAUCUAACUGGAGCCAUUAUUUAUGCAAGCCAGGUACCAGAGAAGUGGUGGCCCGGUCUGUUCGACUACGCAGGCGGCAGUCAUAACAUUUGGCAUCUUGCAGUUUUAGGAGGCAUUUUGUUUCAUUAUACAGCCAUGAUGGAAUUUUUCCAAGGCGCUUUCCAAAGAGCCGAGAGUGGCGGUUGUUGCAUCAGUUAG